GGUUAAUUAGCUUCUAGCCUUAUGUAAUAUCUUCAGAUGAUGCAGACACCAAAGAAACGAAGGUUAAACGUGUAAACUCCAAAGCAGGGUCCUAGGAUGAAUGCCUCAUAUAUGUCAAAUAUCAACAAUCCACAAUCAAAAUAAUAACCUUUGCAAAUGAAAUUUACGCAUUCGACCAGUAGACCGAUAGGUCAAGCUCCUCUUUCCAAUUACCACUGGGGACUGGUAGACUAGCAUCUUUUUCUUUGUGCAUUCACGAUCUUUUUCAUCCGAACCUCUUCUUUCUUCUUCCUCCGAUUCUUUCAACCUUCCGUUCUCGUCUUCCUCGCCUCCUUUCCACCUCUAACGCCGCGACGUUAACAGACCUAGUGAAAGGAUGCCCCCUUCAUUCCAAUCUCCGUCCUCAGGGUAAUAGUGGUACAUAAGGCUCUUGUCUCCUUGCCCCAAUUUGUCUUGUCUUCCGUUACAAAGGUUUUUGAUAGCGCAUCCGAGGUUAACUUAUCUCAUAGUCUAUAUUCCUUCACCCCUCUUGCGCCCUUGUAUUCGCAUACUUUCUCGUCGCUUCCCACUCGUAUUCACUUUCAACCUAUUCAAAACUGUCUAUAUCCGAUCACGGAAUGGUACUAGGACACUAGGACCAGACUCACGAUACUAUGAGUUCCGUCGCUUACACGAAGACUUCAUUUACCCCUGGGACCGGCGCACAAGGCACAAUGACCUCCGCGAUGACCAACGGGCAUGCGCCUGGUGGUAGCUCGGGCACAGGAAAGGCACCAUAUCGACACAUAGACGACUUGGUGUCUGUUGGCGUGGACCUCGACCCGCAUACUCCGCUACGGAAGGUCCUCGAGCUAGGCGAUGCCCACAUGCGGCAGGCAAUGACAUACAACGAUUUUCGACGUCCCGACUUAGCACUGCAGGAGUAUAUCAAGGCAUUUACCAUUGCUGUCGACAAGGUGCCCAGGCACAAAGAUUAUCCCUCCUUGAAGUCUGACCCGGGGCAUUUAAGUCGUUUGUAUAAUGCCCUCAAAACGAAGAUCACCGCCAAUGGCGCAAUCUUUGACAAGAUCAAGGAAGAUAUCAAGGAAGAUAACCGGCGGAGCGGUGUGGAGCCAACUGUCUCCUCAAAGAUCUCCACCGAACUUACCCGUCCGAUAUCAUCUAAUGCGCCUUCGGGGAUGCUGCCACAAGGUCAUGUAAAUGGUUCUACGAACAUUCGGAGGAAUGGGUUCCGAAAUGAACUCGAAACCUCAAGCAGGCAUGGCAGUACAAACGAUUCUAGCGCGAAUUCCAAGGCGGAACAUAAAUCAAAACCUCCAGUACAACCGAAACCCCAAGCAUUACAUGGAAAUGCUAUCAAUCAGGUCCCAAAGGCGUCUCCGGAGGACCUUGCCAGUCGAUUUGCGCGUCUGCGUGAAUCUCAGAAGUCAGGGAAUCCCCCAAAACUGCCUUCAGUAGAUACAUCUAUGCCAGCAAUGCCAAAACUUCCAGAAGCAAUAUAUAGCCCUGCAAGGGGUACUGUGACAAGUGAGAUCGCCAACCUUCCAUCUAGCACCCCUCGCGGCAUGUUCAGUCGGACAAAUUCGAUCACUUCGACCCCUAGUAUUUCUGCUCGAAACUCGACGGAAAAUGCCAUCAUGGCCUUCAGCAGGGAGCAAUUUGCUACAGCUCAAACAUUUCACACCUCCCAAUCAUCGGCAAAAGCACCCCAGGUUAGGAUCCCCCAGGGAGAGACCAUAUCAGCUGCCACCCUUGCGAAUCUUAUGCACCAGGAUAUUGAAAUCUUAAUCAUCGAUGUACGCGAUCGCCAAUUUUUCGACGAGGGGCAUAUCAGAUCCCGUAGGACGAUUUGUGUCGAGCCCGAGAUUCUCAUGCGGGAGAACAUAUCCGCGGACGAGAUCGCCGAUAGCAUGGUGCUGGCCCCUUCAAACGAGAAACUCGCCAUCGAACAACGCGACAAGGCAGAUUUAGUAGUUAUUUAUGACGAAGAUAGCGUCUCUGUACCGAAUAGGAUAACGGGGGAUUCCACAGAAAUGGUCUUGCAUAAUCUACGACAAGCUCUGUCACAUUACAGCUAUAGUAGACCGCUCAAGAAUAGCCCGAAGCUAUUGAGAGGUGGUCUGGCCUCGUGGCUGAACGAAUUUGGGGAUAUCUCUCUCGAGACUUCCAACACUACAUCGAAACAUACACCUCUAAGCGCGACGUCUGCAGCCAGGAGUCGGGGCGGAAGACGGUAUCGAACCAAAACGAAGACCCUUACUCAAGAUGAAAUCAAUCAGUUUGAGGGUAUGAUUCAGGAAGACAAAACGGGAAUCUCGGAGUUCGACUACAUUAAAAACAGAGAUGAUUUCAUUCGCCGUUACCCAAGUAUAGGAGGCGCUCCAGAAUCGAUGACUACUCCCAUCAACCAGGAACUCCACAAGCAACAGCAGGAGCUUCUCUCAGGUAUAGCACCGGCCCCUCCUAGACGACCGGCGCCCGCUAUCCCUAGGACGAGAUAUAGUGGUUUGGACUCUAGAGAUAACGACUCCGACGUUGGCGCUCUUGCUAUGCUGGCCAACCCCAUUUCGCUGAAGAAUUCGGUCGGUACAGCACCGCGCACCGGGCUUGCUAGUGGCGGGAAUGCGUGUUAUUGCAAUUCUACUAUGCAAGCACUCCUCCACUCGCCUGGCUUUAUCGAUGAGAUAUUGGACCCCAAUUGGCCCGAAGUCUGGCGAGGACCCGAGGAUCAUGAGCCUACCCAACCACAAUUAUUGUCCAAAAUAUUGAAGAAUUUGUUUGAGUGGAUGCACAAGAGACAGUUCAAAGUAAUGAGGUGCACGACACUUAUGCAUUAUAUGCGCUCUAUCCAUCAAGGAUAUCAAGAUCACGACGGGCGUAGACUUAAACUAGGCGACGACAACCAGCAUGAUGUCGACGAGCUGUGUACCUUUCUCUUUGAUCAACUAUCAGCCGAGACUAACGUGACCUCUCAAUCGCUUGAAGCUCCGCCGAAAAUACCGGCCGGGGUGCCCUCGCUCGUUCGGGUUGCGAUUGAGAGAAUUUGGGACUUCCUUAUGUCAAACAAGAAAAUCACGUUCAUCGAUAAGCAUUUUCUAUACAGCACUGUAGUCCAAAGAAGGUGCUCAAAAUGUCGAGAUACGCUUGUUUAUGCCGAUUCCACUACGACCACUUAUUUGACACCUACACGAUCUUCACGUCGCGGGCGGCUUCGGUUGGAGGAUAUAAUGAUGGAAAAUUCCGUAGAGCACAACGCCCAAGGUAUCUGCUCUCGUUGUAAGGCGGAAGAUGCCGCGACUUUUCGAUACCGAUUCAUAACGUUCCCUCCUUUAUUACGUAUAUAUAUCAGAAGAUACAGGGGGUCUGCUACCGAUGCAAAGGAGUUGAUUCCGAUAGAAUUCCCAUUUAACUUGGACCUGGCUCCGUACAGUUGGGACAGCCAGAUCCGAGGACAAGCCGCCGAGAUUAUGCCCUCGCCAUAUGACCAGAACUUCCUAGCUCCAAGCGAGUACGAGCUCUACUCCAUCCAGUGCCACGCAGGCGCAUCUGUCGUUUCAGGCCAUUACUGGGCCCUUAUCCGGACGGAGCAGGAAGACAGGUGGAUCCAGUUCAACGACGACAAGGUCAACUACCUCUCGGGAUCGGAAUGGCGGGACGCGCUGAAGGAGAUGUACGAUUGCGACAAUACCGUCACCCCAGUUCAGCUGAUGUACAAGCGGAAGGAUAUACCGUAUGAGUGGCAAAGGAGGGGUUGAUGACAGGACGCGACGCCGGCUUUCUUCUUCUCUAUUGACCUAGGGGACGAAGAGAUGGCGGCUACCUAUACCGUUGGUUCGAGAGAGGGUUUACGAUAUAUGUGCGAAUAAACACAUGAGCUCGGUUCGACGCGAGACGUGUCGUGAAAUUAGGGUCAACUGGGAGAUAUGGUCCAUAGGUGGGGUACUAUGAGCGAGAGCAUGUACGGGCUACGUUAGAGGCUAUGGCUUGGGUAGUUGGUGGAUGAGCAUUACCGGCCGGAUACGUGGGGGGGGAGUUCCGGGAAGAAGUGGAGAGCAUUUGGGGCUGGCCAUUCCCCCUUUCCUGGUACAUACAUGGACGGCGUUGGAUCCGAGGGGGGCGUAAGUCUCCCCCUAUCACUAUUUUCUCUUUCUCUCAAUAGAAAAAAGGCCCGUUCGAGUUUCUUGUUUUUACGAGCAAGAUUCCUAUCAUGGCUAUUUUUAUACCUGUAAUGCGUAGGAAAUAACAACUGUUACUAUUAUUUUACGAGAGCCUUAUACCCAAUGCAUCAUAGUGC